AUGGCGCCUUUAAUACCGUCUGCAAAACUGACCUUGCCAUAUCCAUUGUAUGCUUGCGACUUUGAUCCGAUAGAUUCCUCACGACUAGUAGUUGGUGGGGGCGGAGGUGCAGGAAGAUCAGGUGUGGAAAAUAAGAUCACCCUUUUGGACACUUCAAAUCCGAACGAGCUUGUUGAAGUUGCCGAGCUAGACUUGAGUAAGGAAGAAGACAAUGUCGCCAGUCUUGCAGUCGGCCAAACUGAAGGAGAUACAACCUUAUUAUUCGCAGGAGUGAAUUCCAGUCCGGCAGACUUGGCUAGAGGGACGAAUGCGCACUUUCGAGUUAUUGGAAUAAGUCCUAUUUCAAAAGGAAAGGGAAAGGCUACAGAGCCUGUUGCGAUAACAAGCAAACUAUCCGAGGUUUUGAGAUGCCCAUUGUUUACCAACGUCGAGAGGGAUUUAUACCAAAGGGUCAUUCGAUUAUCGCGACCUUAUACAGGACAAGCGCAAUGGGGUGCGAUUGCGACUGGGUUUGCAAAAGAUUCUGAAAUAGUGCUUUUCCAACCUGCGCAGACUGGGCCUCCCAUUUCGAGGAGUGCUAUAAAGUUGGCGAAGGAGGUAGUUGACAUGGAUUUCAUACAAACUGGAAAAGAUGAUUUUUUUUUCGCGUACGCCGAUGAGCAAGAUAUAUACGUUAAAAAGCUUGGCUCAAUAAAUGAUGGGGCAGAACCUGAAUGUGUAUAUAUUACACCUGCGUCAAGAAGUGGGGAGCCAGUUACGAUACCGUCUUUCCGAUCGAUUAGAUGGCUAACAAAGGAUUUUAUUAUCAUGCUCACGAAUAUCCAUAGCCAGGGAGGUGUAGUACUACAAAUUCUCAGAUUACCACCUAGUGGCAAAGGACAGUGCAGAAUUGCGCAAUCACACAGACUGCCAUCCAGUGUAAAGAAGGCUACUGGACUCGCAGUUGUCAACCUUACACCACCAUCAACUCCCGAUGGAGAGCAAGGCUACACUCAAUUCGUGAUUGCGGUCGCUGGCCACGAUAUUUCCAUUUCCCUCUUCAAGGUUGAUCUCCAGCACGAAGCAAAUAACUACCUCGUCACACCUAUCAGACCUUUCCGAACAUUCAAGAAUGUUCACCCUGGAGUGAUUACAGGAAUUACAUUCUCAAACUUUACACCUCCCACCCAGUCUGUUACUGCAAGCACUCCUCCUCAGCACCUUAAACUCGCGAGUACAGGUAUUAGUAAUACGGUUAUCGUCCACACCCUCCCCCUAUUUCCCGUUCCUCUAUCUGUCAAAAGAGGUCAAUCAAGCACACCUCGCUACGUCGUCGCUCUUCCUUCAAGCAAAGCAAUUUACUCUUUUGGAAUCAUCUUCUCCAUGCUCCUAGCGUUGUUAGCAGCAAUCUUAACGCAAAGUGUAUUGGAGAUCAGGGGGGUUGUGGAACCUCAUUUGGGCGCCGCAAAGUAUCUACCGGUGCCCUUCCAGGAGGCAAUUGGAAAACCAUACACGUUUCCGUCUAAUUAUCACGCACUCAAUACACACAUCUCCGCCGCUCCGAUCUCCACAAGCCUGUCGAACACACCAUCCGCAUCUACCCCGGAUUUUUUCGCGUCCCUCCGUUCCCCCUCCCCUAAUUCUGCUUCUUCUAAGAUCUACCUCCACCACGGAGUUCCUGUCCCAGACGUUGAAACCCAAGAAAUAUCUCCCGAUAUCACGUCGCCAGAACUUCCUUCAUCUAUAAAAGCAGUUCUUCACGACGAGAAAAAACAUGAAGGUAAAUCAUGGGAUGAAUUGACGGCCCCACAAAAAGAAAAUUGGAAGAGAAAAUUAAAGGAUGCGGGACAUUGGGCUGAAGAGAUGGGAGAAACGAUUUUCAAGGGGGUCGUUUUUGGUGAGUUGGGGGGUUUGGUGGGAGCGGCUGUUGUGCAGGCCGCGAGAUAG